AUGUUCCGUGUCCUCCAGACACGAUCCCUAGCAUGUAAACAGCUCCCUCGCCCCCUACGCAGCCUCACCACCAUCCAUCCUCUCUACUCACCCAAACCCACACCACCACCACAACCAAUCACCCAACCCACCUACCACCCCGAAGACAGCGUAGAGAACCUAAAAGGCUACACCCCGGGAGGCUACCACCCGACCUCCAUCAACGACGAAUUCUGCCAUGGAAGAUACAAAAUCAUCCACAAACUAGGGUACGGUUCCUACUCAACCGUCUGGCUUGCCCGCGACAGACAAAAAAACCAAUACGUCGCAUUAAAGAUCGUAACCGCAGACUCUAGCACAGAAAAAAGCCGCCUCGAGUCGAGAAUAUUACGACAUCUCCAGACAGGAGAUGAUAGUAGCCACCCAGGCCGUAAAUACAUUCAUUCUUCCCUGCUCGAUGAGUUCUCCUUCGACGGCCCAAACGGCCACCAUAUGUGUCUGGUCAGCGAAGUCGCUGGCUGCAGUGUUGCUGAAGCCAAAGAGAAUAGUCCCAAUUUGAUGUUCCCCUUGGAUGUAGCUAAAGCUAUCGUUGCUCAGGUUAUCUUGGGAGUGGAUUAUAUGCAUUCCCGGGGGGUAGGGCAUGGAGAUCUCCACACGCGAAAUAUCCUCUUCCAACCCACUGACUUCGACACCCUAAGUACAACCGAUAUAUACAACCGUUUCGGCCCACCCUUCCAAAUUCCCAUCUCACGAAUCGACAACCACCACCACUCCAUCCAUCCACAUGCACCCACCCACGCCAUCAUCCCCAUGACCAUGACCCAACAACUCCCAACCAGCAACAUCAACAUCAAAAUAUCCGACUUCGGCACAUCCUACCUCUUCACCAACCCUCCAUCCCCAGAAGCCCUACACACACCUACCAUCCUCCUCCCUCCCGAAGCCAUCUUCCACGAUCCGAUAACUUCAGCCGCCGAUAUAUGGACACUAGGAUGUACGCUCUACGAUAUCCUCGGUGACCGACCACUAUUUGAACCCUGGUCAGAUAGUCCAGAUGAUGUUAUCUGGGAGAUGGUGAGUAUGCUGGGUGGUGAGUUGCCGGAGAGAUGGGGGCAGAGAUCGGAUUUUACGAGGUCCUUGAUGAAGGUGGUGGGGACUGGGGGGAGGUCUUUGGAUGAGAGAUUGUGGCAGAUGGGGAGGGGGGAGACGUCUUCGACUUGUGAGUUUCAGGAGCUGGAGAUGGAUUGUUUGAGGAGGUUGCUGGGGGGAAUGUUGGUUUAUGAGCCGGAGGGGAGGAUGUCGGCGCGGGAGGUUGCGGAGUCGGGGGUUAUGGUGGAGUGGGCGGGGAUGGUGUUGGGGAGAGGGUAG